AACCUAAAAGUAAAAAUUUAGUGUCAUCCUCUGACAAACAACUUUUGUAGAAAAAAAAUAAGCUGCAUUUUAAUUUUAAAAUUUUAAAAUAUAAUAUUUAAAAAAAUUGUAACAAUGUCCAUUCUUGGCUAUAAUGGUGGCUGCGUGGUAGCAAUGCGUGGCAAAGACUGCGUAGCGAUUGCAACUGAUCAUAGAUUUGGCGUUAGAGCUCAAACAAUUUCAACUGAUUUUGAGAAAGUAUUUCAAUUAAAUCCACAUUUGUUUCUUGGACUAGUUGGCCUGCAAACUGAUAUAUUAACUGUUAAAGAUCGUCUAACAUUUCGAAAAAAUUUAUAUGAAGUGAAAGAAAAUAGAUUAAUGUCUCCUGAAAGAUUUUCCGCAAUGUUAACAAGUUUUUUAUAUGAAAGGCGUUUUGGUCCUUAUUUUGUGGAACCGGUAAUUGCUGGACUGCAUCCUAAAACUUAUGAACCUUAUAUUUGUAACAUGGAUUUAUUAGGAAAUUCAAAUACUCCUGAAGAUUUUGCAGUAGCUGGUACAUGUGCUGAACAGUUGUUUGGUAUGUGCGAAACGCUUUGGAAACCCGAUCUGGAACCCAACCAGUUAUUUGAAGUUAUUGCACAAUCCAUGAUAAAUGCAUUUGAUCGGGAUGCUGGUAGCGGUUGGGGUGCGAGUGUUUAUAUUAUUGAGAAAGAUAAAAUAACUGUUAAGAGAAUAAAAACAAGAAUGGAUUAGAUAUCAGAUGAAAUUUUGGUGGCCUGGUAUUGUAAUAAAAACAUUCUUUUACAACUAUAAAUUUUAUAACUUUAAAUAAAAUACUUAAAAACAAGAA